AUGACUGACCUUUCCAAUAUCUGGACCGAGCAUAUGAGUCGCCGGGACAUUCUCAACAGAGCUGAUGAAGAUGCUACUACAAUUGACCCGAGCGAAAACCCAGAUCAGCUUGAAGUGCUCCUUGGAAAGAUAGGGGAAGCUCUAAGUGGCGAACCUGGCUGUACUGCAUCGCUAGAGAAUGGAUUGCAAGAGGAUUCUAUGAAACUGACAGUAUCAACAAAGCUUCCUGCACCGUUGAGACCUUUAAUAUGGAUUAUCUAUCUUUCGAAGGAGCCGCAGUAUUCUACAUCUCAGCAUCUUAUACUCCCAUUACUUCGAGCAGAAGCCGGGUGGGAGUCGCGCCAGCGAACUCUCCUUGACCACCUUAGUAAAAAAGACUGGGUUCUAGGAAAGCUGUUCGAUAAGAUCGAGGGCAUGGGUAUCGAUCUGAGCACUAUUUUUCCUGGAAUCUCUGGCCUACGGAAAGCUCAUGGGGAUACGUUGCUCUCUCAAGCUGCCAAUUACAUCAAAGGAGUGGCGCCUUUUGAUGAACAAGAAUGGCUUGACGAAGUCGCCAAAUCAUCACCUGAUUCAGUUGUUGCUGCCAACAUUUUAGCGGAAGUGUCUGGAUCCGCAGACACCAGAGAGGUAGAGAGACUCGGCCCACCCCCUGACAGUUGGUGGGUGAAGCUCGCAGCAGCCAGAGCUACCAGCAUGGCGUCUCCAAAGCGUGGACGAGCCACCAAAACCCCCGAGAAAUGCCUUGCGAAAACUGUUUCAGAGAUGCACACGGAAACAGACAACGAUGACCUCGAUGACCUCGAUGAUGAUGAUGAUGAGUUUGAGCGACAAGAGACACCACCCAGGCUCAAAAAGGCCAAGGAGCCUGAAAGGCAAUCCCCCGCUACCACUGCUACCACCGCUGGAACGGACGGUGAGACGGAUCACGAACAUGAACCCAUGAAACGAAGAUCUCCUUCGCCAGAGAAGCCUCCAGCAAAGAAAUCAAAAGGCCUGGGUAUCAUAGGCGGUAAAAAGCAGCUCAAGCAAAAGCCUCCAACACCCUCACCGCCAUCUCCACAGCGAUAUCUCGCAUCACCAACAUCAAAAAUCCAAGAGGACGAGGACACGGACUCGGGUACCGACCACGACGCUCGAGACUCACCCUUUCCUUCUCGAGCACCGACCACUCCCAAACCCAGCGCAAGUACAACCACUGCCCCGAAACCGCGCGGGCUAGGCGUCAUCGGAGGCAAAAAGAAAGAACCAUCACAACAACAAAUUUCUCAGCCUUCCCUCUCCCCGGAAUCGCAAGGAGCCAUCACCUCAGAGCCCAAGCUGAAACGAGUUGGCAAGCUGGGUAUGAUCGGAGGUAAAGCCCGCAAGACCAGUGAGGUUCCCCAAUCUGCCUCCUCCUUGACUCGGGCCGAGACGAGGACACCGCCGCCUCCAGCAAAGUCUGAGAGCGACGAGGCUUCCCAACGAGGUGCUGUAAAGCGAUCCCCUUCGCCUGUAAAACCACCGCCACAGGAGACAGAGCAGGAGCGCGCUGAUCGCAAACGAGAGGAACUGAAAAGGGAGCUUGAGGCGAAGAGCAAGGCUCCGGCGAAGAAGAAAAGAAGAUUCUAA